AUGGCCCGAGUGAUCCAAGUGAUUUCGAAGAAGCUCCAUGCGUUCUUCACCGUUGCGUUGAAAUCAACGGUCCCCAUUGUUCAGACGUCAAACGAAGUGUGCGUUUCGAACGAGUGGCGUUGUGCCGAGUGUUUUCACGUCAACAAAUCCCCCGCGCCUCCUGUCACGGAAAACUUCCCGACCUGCGGCUACCGCAACCAAGGCAUCGGCCCCACCAUGCUUCUGCUUCAACCUGCCACAUUUCCCGUUCUCGACGUCCCUCCAGCCAUCGAAGAACGUUGA